AUGGGUUCAGGUCAAUCUACAGGUCCUGAUAUUUUGGCAGGCCCUGAUUUGAGAAUUGUGAUGAUUGGAAAAACUGGUGUGGGCAAGAGUGCUGUUGGAAACACCAUUUUGAAAAAAAAUUGCUUUGAUUCCGAACCCUCCUCUGAUUCAGUAACUCAUUCCUGUCAAACAGCUGUGACAAGCAGUGGUAGCAGAAAAGUUACUGUGGUAGACACACCAGGGAUCCUGGACACUGAGAUAUCAGCAGAUGUAAUCAAAAAAGAAAUUGUGAGAUGUGUCAAACUCUCAUGUCCUGGUCCUCAUGUGUUCCUGCUGGUCAUGCAAGUUGGUCGAUUCACUAAUGAAGAGAAAAACUCAGUGGAAGCUCUGCAAGAGCUGUUUGGUCCAGAAGCAAACCAGUACAUGAUCGUGCUGUUUACCUAUGGUGAUAAGCUCAGAAACAAGACCAUACAAGAGUAUGUAUGUGGUGGUAACCCAAACCUCCGACGAGUCGUCCAGAGCUGUGGAAACAGGUUCCACGUCUUUGACAACACCAUCAGUGACAGAAACCAAGUGGUGGAGCUGAUCAAGAAAAUCGAUGACAUGUAUGCUGGAAAUGGGGCAACAUACUACACAGAUGCAAUGUAUCAACAAGUUCAGGAUGCUGCAAAAAAACAAAAUGUGAGAGAAGAAGACUUGGAUGUGGAGAUGCUUCCAUUUUUUGCUGAUUUUCUGGAACAUGUCAAGAACUUCCUUGAAAUACUUGGAAAACCAUAA